AGAGAGAGUCGUGGAAAGACAGAAAGAAGAACACACCUUGCUGUUGACAGCGAAACAGAAACAGAGACUGUAACAUCACCACUGUUUUAAUUAGAGAUGUGUCUCCCCGUGGAUAUCACCAUAUGCUGCAGACGGACUACAAAAACAUGAAAACUGAGGAGGGUGUUGACGGCUCUUUCAACUCUUCGCUUAUAUGGCUCAGGGGGAGACAGCAGACGACACGUUUUGGAUGACAGUAGCACACACAGAGAUUGACACCUGAGCAGUCCCUCAUAGUUGGCCAGCAUGUCAUCCAACUCCUCCAGCGAUAAUCUGUGUGCAUCGGAUGACAAGCUCUGCAUAGCAAAAGAGCAUGACCUGGCCGUGAUCAUCGUCCCUGUGCUGCUCCUCCUGAGCUUCCUCGUCACCCUACUGUCCUUGUGCAUAGUGAGGUAUUGUCCUGAACGGAGGCGCACACGGAUCAACACAUCGACACAUCAAAGCUACCACAGCUCAACGCACAGGCACACGCACACACAAAGGCCCAGCCGCAGAGAUCACCUGCGGGGCAUUGAUGCUCCCCCAGGGAUUAACCCACUGGAACAUGAAGAGCUGCCAAUGUCAGUUCAAGAAGUGCAGCAGAAUGUCAGGCCAACUCUGGCUGCAGAACCGCAGAUGUCCACAGAGGGGCACAACAGAGGCUUCAGCCAAGUCACUGCCUUGCCGUUACACUUCUCCAUCGACCCUGAUAACAAAGUCGGCCUGUACAGAGCUCGCAUGGAGAACAGGGACGUCAUUCUGAGGGUGCUGAAAGAAACAGCAAACAGAAGUGAGAAGCAGGACUUCUUUGGUUUUGCUUCGUUCGUGUCAGGACUGGGUCCACACCCCUUCCUACCAGCGCUGCUCGGUGUGGUUUCAGAGCCUCCGAUGAUAGUGGUGGAGGAGCUGCAGCACAGAGACCUGCUGGGCUACCUGUGGAGAUGUCGACAGGAAAACUCCAGUUCACAGUCUUCAUGUGAGAUGACCGAGAAGAGGAUCUUCACGAUGGCAGGACAGGUGGCCUCUGCUCUGGAGUACCUGCACAGUCAGGGCUGUAUCCAUGGCAACGUGGGAGCUCGCAGUGUUCUGGUUGGUGGAGAUCUGACAGCCAAGCUGUGGCGAUUGGGCUCGGCCCACCGCAGGAGGACACAGGCCAACGUGGGAGCGGGAGAGGACGUGGAGAUGAAGAAGUGGCAGGCCCCCGAGGUGCUGGGCAGGAGAGCUGUCAGUCAGAGCAGUGAUGUGUGGUCUUUUGGUAUCCUGCUCUAUGAAAUGGUCACAUUAGGUGACCCACCGUUUGCUCAGCUCAUGGCGACUGAACUCUUGCAGUAUCUACAGAGAGGAAAACAUCUCAAGCGGCCAACAACCUGCUCAAACAGCCUGUACUCCUUAAUCCGGUCCUGUUGCAGUUGGAACCCCCAGCAACGUUUCUCAAUGUCGGAGCUGAUUGGAAAACUUCAGGCGGGAGAGCGAUCAGCCAAUGGGACGAAUGUUAUUAGAGUGCCAGAACCAAUGAACAUCGAAAGAUACCUGAGGGAGGCGGGAUAUGGAGAAACACACAACUAUGCUGUUCUCUGAUUGGCUGUUAUCAGUCAGGACUAUAUUGACUACUGGUGCUGUUGUUGGGAAGACCAGAGGACUGCUGCAAAAAUGAAGAAUUCAUGAAAAUAACUUUAUCAAAAUUGUUUAAUAUAAUGAAUUAUAAAAGUUUAUGAAGGAUGUUUAACUAUUGCUACUUUUUGCUAUUGAAAAUUUAAAACUCAGACACUUUAUAUGUUGAGAAGAGAGUAAUAUAUAUUGUAAAUAUGACUUUAACUAAAACAGCGGAUAUCUAAAAGAUUGAUAAAUGCAUGUUCCAUUCACUUUUCUACUGUGACCAGUGUUGAUAUGUACAAAGCUUUUUAAAGACGCACAGCCAAGAUGAAAGCACUUGAUAGGAUACUAUUCAAACUAACACUGGAAAAUGAAAGCCACAAUACUUUAUUUCCAUUUUCAUUAUUUCUUUGUGGCAAAUAUGGGGAUUUUUACUUUUUGUUUGUGAUCUGAAAGCCUUACAGAGUUUUGCAUAAUUACAAAGUUAAAAUGUCAAUAUGUAUUUUGUAUUUUUCUGUCCUUUUAAUACAUUGCUUGCCCUUUUGGGGACAAAUGGAGCUGGAGUUACAGAAGUCGAUGAUUCAAACGCAUCGAGAACACCCUUUGUGUUAAAAUCUGCUCUAUAUGUUAUGUUUACUGAAACCAGAUAUAUCCAUGAAAUCUGCUUGAAGGCAGAGAAUAAGACAAGGGGCCCUGCAAAAAAAUAAACGUUCAAUGGUU